AUGCGCUUCGCUUUAGCAAGUGCUGCAUGCGAAAUUCCGUUCCAGCUAGAAGCAACAACCAGUAUACAUUAUUUUCGUGCACGUCAGAGCUCGAACGUCAAAAAGUUCGGAGCGACUAAUAAACGCAGAGCUGCGACGACGACGAAACUAAUUAACGUUGACUGUUGUAUUUUCGCAGGAUACGGCUGGGAUAGGCCUCAGGCGGUGCCAGAGGAGCCGCCGCCGACGCCGUCAACUCCAUCAUUGGAACCACCCAAAUUCGAUAUGAUCAUUAAAGAAAUCGAUGCGAACCUUGGUGAAACCGUCCUGCUGCCCUGCACCGUCCGGAAUCUCGGCGACAAAGUUAUCUCAUGGAUAAGGACCCGAGAUCUAUCGAUACUAACAUCUGGAACGUUCACGUUCUCAGCGGACAGCCGUUUCGAGUCGGUGUACUCACACGAAGCAGAUUUCUGGGGAUUAAGGAUACGUGGCGUCAAAAUCACGGACACCGGCCAAUACGAAUGUCAGGUCAACACGGAUCCGAAGAUGAACCUGGCGGUAGCCCUCACAGUUGCCGAUAGCAGAAGACCUGCAGGGAUGAGCUACAAGUUCACCAACGUGGCUACAAUAAAGUCGCCGAGGGAGGUGUACGUGCGAGUCGGACUUCCUAUAUCUCUGACCUGCGAGAUAAUCCCGACGUCCGAUUCCGGAUCAUUGGCUGAGAAAUCGCGCGUCCGAUGGAUGCACAAGGGCCAGGAAAUAACGUCCGAGUCCGAUAGGGGCGGAAUUUCCGUGGAUACGGAUUACAGGGAGAGGAAGAUCACCAGUCGUUUGAGAGUUUCCAUGGUGACCGCUGACGACGAGGGCUUCUACACGUGCACCCAAGAAGCCACCAGACAGGAUUCCGUCAAGCUGAGCGUGGUUCAAGGUAAGCCACUACAUUACAAACAACCGUGUUUACAGCCUACUCGGAUUGUUGUUGUAUUACGUAUUACAAACAAAUGAAACAUGACACCCUCCCACCAUCAGUCGGAUGGACCCUUUAUUUACAAUUAAAGCUUUCAUCUGGGAUUCACAGAGUACACCAAAUUAACGCAU